UCCGAGUCUUCACCAAUGAUGGAUAAACAAACAUUCCUCAACCUCAUUUCCGCCGAGCACGACUCGCACGUCGCCCUGCUGCAGAGUUUCAUCCAAGCACCCUCGCCGAACCCGCCGGGUGAUACGGCCCAAGCGGCGAAUGUGCUCAAGGAGUAUCUCGUCGCUCUGGGUGUGCCGGUGCGCGUCAUUGCGCCACAGGGAGAGGGGAGACCGAAUUUAGUGGCUGAGUUUGAUUGCGGUCUGGAUGACGGCGGUGAAGUCGCGGACAGGACGGGUAAGGGUGAUGAUGGACCCAGCAGGGAAGCAGGCAGCGGGAAAGGCAAAAGGGUGGUAAUGAAUGGACAUAUCGAUGUUUUCCCCGUGGACGAGGUACAGAACGACAAGUGGAUGCACGGAGGGCCGUGGUCGGGAUACAAUGAUGGAAAGUAUAUAUUUGGACGAGGGGGUGUGGAUAUGAAGGCUGGGACGGCGGCAAGCGUGAUUGCUUUUUCACAUUUAUACCGCCUUCGGUACCAUCUCAAACGUCCAUGCUCGUCCGUCGCCCUGACACUCGUCUCCGAUGAAGAGACGGGCGGGAAGUUUGGCAGUCGCUGGCUUCUCGAGAACGACCCCGAACACGAAAAGUGGAAGGGAGAUGUCAUGAUCAAUGCUGAGCCCGGUGGUUUGCAAUCUAUCCGGUUCGGUGAAAAGGGCACAUUGCGCAUAACGUUCACCAUCACAACGAGAGGUGUUCACGGGGCGUACACGCACUUGAGCGAAGGGGCAAAUCGCGUUGCGGCGAGACUCGUGAACAGAUUGGUCCGGAUCGAAGAGGAGAUCAAGCCAGAGUUGGACGAGAGGAUUGUGGAGCAUAUGAGCCGGCCGGAAGUGAGGGCGGUGGUGGACGAGAUUAUGGGCUCCGGCGCGAGUGAGAAUGUGCUGAGGCCGACAGUGAAUGUCGGUGUGAUGCGCGGUGGGAUCAAGGUCAAUAUGAUUCCCGACCGGUGUGUGCUUGAGGUAGACAUCAGAUUGCCGAUUGGGUUGGGCAAGGAGGUCGUGCUGAGGUACAUCGACGAGGUGAUUGAGCGGGAAUUUCAGGAGCGCAUGAAGGUGGAAUAUGCGGUGCAGGAGGCGGCUAGUAAUCCAAGCAGUUACUGUGCUAUGGAUCAUGAGAUGGUUGAUGUGCUGGCCAGGGCGGGAGAAGAUGUGACGGGACGGAAGCCCCUAGCGAUUCCGAGUCUCGGUGCAACCGAUGCGAAGUUCUGGAGGUAUCAUGGCGUGCCGGCGUUUGUGUACGGUGUGAGUCCAGAAACAAUGGCGGCCGCAGUGGAUGAAAGGGUGAGUGUAGAGGAGUUCUUGAGUGUCGUGAAGGUUCAUGCCGCCGCGGUUUGGGAGUACCUUGGUGGAGGAGAGUAGGUGAAGCGCAAGGCAGGGCAAAGCAAGGCCACCUAAGGUACUUACCAGGUAUAAUCGAGUUGCGUUCUCU